GUGGAGGCAGAUUCUACAUUAUGUCGGACGAAAACAUACCACACGUGCAAGCAAAGUUUUUUACAAAACAAUCACAAUACUCGGUACCUGACACACCAUACUCAGUACCAGCAACUGUAGGUACCACAGAGCUCAGUGCACUCAUCAACCAAAUCUUAAAAGGCAAUGAUGAUUCUGUGGAGACGUCAGUUGAUUUUGAUUUCCUGUUGGAUGGAGAGUUCCUCAGAGUGCCGCUAGACAAACAUUUAGAGAAAAAAGGAGUCUCUUCAGAAGAUUUAAUUGAGAUAGAGUUUGUAGAAAGACAGCCAGCCCCACAACCGGAGGAUUCCCUCCUCCACGAUGACUGGGUCAGCUGUGUACAGGGAUGUCAAGAGUGCAUACUAUCGGGUUGCUAUGACAACACAGUGAGGCUUUGGUCCACAACAGGUGCCCCACUCCUGACAAUACCUGGUCAUACUGCUCCAGUCAAGUGUGUCACAUGGCUAAGUGGAGAUGAUGGACCCACCUGUCGUUUCAUCUCGGGGUCACAUGACCAGACUCUAUUAAUAUGGGAGUGGAAUAAACAGGAAAAUUCUGUGGAGUGUGUACAUGCGUGCCGUGGCCACGCUCGCAGUGUAGAUUGCGUAGCAGUCAAUGAAGAAAAAGAUAAGUUUGUCAGUGGAUCUUGGGACAACAUGUUAAAACUCUGGUCAGCAGCCCCUGUAGCAGAGGGAGACAAGGAGGAGGAGGAGGAAACGGAGACCGCAACAAAAAAACAAAAACUCACCAAAAAAGUCCAAACAAGGGUACCCAUUCUGACUCUUUCUGGUCACAAAGAGGGAAUAUCCUCCACAGAGUGGUUAAGUAGGUCAGAAGUUUGCACAGCAUCAUGGGAUCACACACUGAGGCUAUGGGACAUGGAAAAAGCAACACAAACCUCACUAAUACAAGGGAGCAAAGUAAUUUUAGACCUGUCCUUCUCCCCUUUAAACAGACAGAUUAUCAUUGCAUCAGCAGACCGAUAUAUCAGGCUCUGGGACCCCAGAGUGUCACAUGGUACCAUUAUUAAGUGUACCUAUACCUCACACAAUGGCUGGGUAUCAGGUGUUAGCUGGUCCCCAGUGAACCAGUUUCUUUUCAUCUCAGGCUCAUAUGACUGUGUAAUGAAAUUAUGGGACACAAGAAGCCCAAAGUCUCCAUUGUACAACAUGAGUGGCCAUGAAGAGAAAAUCCUUGCAGUUGAUUGGUCAAUCCCGAGCCUACUUCUGUCUGGUGCGGCUGAUAAUCAUCUGAAGAUUUUUCAGUACAGAGACAUGCAGUCUUCUAAAGGGAAAUAAUAUUAGCUGUUAACUAAUGAUGUAUAGAAAUGAGAAAUAUGUGUGUUAAAAUAAAACUUCUUAAUGUUAUGCUUUGAAUUGUUUAAAAAAGGAUUUCUAUAAUAAAAAUGAGAAUUUAA